UAUUCAAAGCAAGAAAAGAAAACGAGAGAUAAGGAAAAUAAAAUGGCUGCCUUAUCAGAGAAAGAAGCUGAAGCUUAUCUCGACGCAAGGCCGAGAUACCCGAUGGAUUGGUAUAAGAAGAUAGCCGCACGGACACAAGACCACAAGUUUGCUUGGGAUGUCGGCACUGGUAGCGGUCAGGCUGCUAUUGGGCUUGUUGAGCAUUACGAGAACGUGGUGGCUACUGAUAUAAAUGAGGCACAACUUAAACGAGCAGUCAAACACUCAAGAAUCAGCUACCAUCACACUCCAAAACAUAUGUCAGGAGACGAAAUGGUCGCUCUACUCGGAGGAGAAAACUCUGUGGACCUCAUAGUUGCUGCACAGGCUGUCCAUUUUUUCGACACAACCACAUUUUACAACGUUGCAAAACGUGUUCUUCGCAAGGAAGGAGGCCUAAUAGCCAUUUGGGUCUACAACGAUAUCGUUAUCUCCUCCGAGAUCGAUCCCAUAAUGAAGAGCCUUGUGGACUCUACUCUUCCUUUUAGAACUCCUAUUAUGAAUUUGGCAUUCGAUAGUUAUAAAACGCUGCCGUUUCCUUUUGAGAGCAUAGGGAUGGGGUCUGAAGGGAAGCCUGUUAGGCUAGAUAUUCCGCAUAAGCUUUCGCUUAAAGGGUUUAUAGGAUUCUUGAGAUCAUGGCAGCCAGCGAUGAAGGCCAAGGAGCAAGGAGUGGAGCUUGUCAAUGAAGAUCUAAUAAACAAGUUUGAGGAGGCUUGGGGUGAUGAAAACCAAGUUAAUGAUGUUUUCUACAAGGCUCAUAUGAUUGUUGGGAAAAUAAAGGAAGUGAAAUGUGAAUCGGAACAAGUGUCUAAAGAUGGUAACGAAGAUCUCUUGCACCAAACGGAGGUUGGGAAAAAACAAGAAAGGCGACAACCAUCUGAUGAAGAAAAAAGACAAAUUAAGAAACAAAAUACAAGGGAAGAUCGAUGAGGCAUGCUAGAGAAAAAAUAUGCACUACCUCUUGUUAUAAACAUAAGUAUUUGUAAAUUAGUUAAAAUUUGAAUCAUCGUCAGUAUUUUGGUAAUAUUUCAAUAUA